GCCGCGCGAAGCGCCGAGAUCCGCCGCCGCGGAUUCGCGGAGCGUCCUUGUCCCCGGAGGAGAGGCACACUCGCCGCGACGGAGAUCGAGGAGCGCGCCGCCACGCCAUCGUCGUCGCCGAGGGGAUCGACGGCAUCGACGGCGGCGUCGAGCCUGGAGAGCGGCGUCGAGGCGGAGCCCUGAGCGCCGCCGCCCGACGACGCGCGGAGACGGACCUGCCCAGGCCGAGGCGAGCGAGCGCGCGGAUCGACGGAACGGGACCGCCUCUCUCUCUCUCUCCGCUGCUGCCGCCCUCCCUGUGCGAGCCGGGCCGCUAGCAUGUCCGUGAGAAUGGAGAACGUGGCCGCACCGAGGAAACUCAACUACAAGAUGAUGGGCACCAACGGACCGCGGCCGACGUACGCGGGGGCCAACAACGGGAGCGCCGGCGUGGGCGCGGGGGCCGGAGCCGGCGCGGGCGGCGGCGGAGGCGGCGGCGGGGCCGGCGGCGUCGGCCUGGGCCCCCAGGCCGGGGGCCACGGCCUGAAGGGCGGCACCGGCAGCGGCGGCGCGGGCGGCGGAGGCGGCGGCGGCGGGGGCGGCGGCGGCGGCGGGCCCCGGGGCGGUAACCCCGUCCAGUACCGCGCGAGCGGCACGGCCGCCUGGGGCGCCGCGCCCUCCCAUGCGGCGGCGGCCGCCGCGGCGGCCGCAGCCUACCCUCCCUACACGAGGUACCCCAACGCCGCGGCCGCGGCCCAGAUGCCCGUCGGCGCCCAGCAGAUCCCGCCGGCGGCCAACCCCUACGCGGCCAACACCUACGCCCAGCACGCGUCGUACGGCGGACAGCGGGUACCCACUGCCUCGUCCCCGGCGAACACCAACAGCAGCUCGAGUAGCGCGACGGGCAGCCAAAGCGGGACUAUGAGCACCAGUCUUAGCAAUAACGCGAUGCAGGGCCAGCAGAUGGAGCAGCUCUCCAAGACGAACCUGUACAUCCGAGGCCUCAACCAAAACACUACCGACAAGGACCUCGUUAGCAUGUGUUCUCAAUACGGAAAUAUAACCUCUACAAAGGCUAUUCUGGACAAAAAUACGAAUAAGUGUAAAGGUUAUGGCUUUGUAGACUUUGAAUCACCGGUGGCGGCAGAGGGUGCUGUGAAAGCACUGGUCGCCAAGGGCAUCCAAGCGCAGAUGGCGAAAGUGGGUAUCUGGUUGCUCCCUAGACUGGACAGUCAACAGGAGCAGGACCCCACCAAUUUGUACAUUGCCAAUCUGCCGCUCAACUACAAGGAGAACGACGUGGAAACGUUGCUUGUACAAUACGGCCAAGUUAUCUCAACCCGAAUCCUCCGCGACACGGCAGGACAGAGUAAAGGCGUCGGAUUCGCAAGAAUGGAAUCAAAGGAGAAGUGCGAGCAGAUAAUCCAAAUGUUUAACGGAAAGGCCCUGCAAGGUGCCAAGGAUCCUCUCCUGGUGAAGUUUGCCGAUGGAGGGAACAAGAAGAAGGCCCUCUACAAGAGUACAAUAUGGAGAGAGGCCGGAGACAGAAGAAAUCCUGGUGUUUUCGCGCAGAACAUGACUCUGAAUUACGAUGCGAGUGGUGUGGGUCAGAACGGCGUAGCGACGGCUCACAUGUUACCGGCGGCGACUCUGGCCCAGUAUAGUCGUCACUAUAGCCAAGCCGUGCCUGGAUACAGCGUGCCAGGAACACCCUGGGUCACUCCUUACCUCGUGCAGACCGGUCCGCCGCACAUGCAACAGGUCGACUUGAUGCCGUCAGCUGAUCCCAACCCGCAGUACAGCAUGAUUCCUCAGCUUACCACCCAAAUGUCUACUCUUCAUCUCGGCACUGGUUCCUACAUCGCUAGCCCGCACCCAUAUCCGUACACGACUUAUCCGGCACCUAGCAUCGUCCACACCAUGCCGCUGGGUGACUCCGAGCAGACCAGCAACGCGGCAUCUCCCGAUGACUCCUAUCAACAGUACCAGGCUCAGCAGCCCAAGUAGGCCACAGUUUAUAGAUACGAGUAUGCCGAGGGUGGAUAUGUAAGUUAGAAAACGAGGUAACCUGUUGACACAUGAGAGGGAAUAAACAUUAACGAAGAAAAUAGACCGAUAAUGAGAGAGAGAGGGAGAAAGAUAGGGGGAGAGCGAGAUACAGAACGAAAGAGCAAGAUAGAGAGUGAAUAUACGUUUACGCAAAAGUCAGAUAAGAUUUUUCCUCAUGAUAAAAUUGACUUGCCAGCCAUCUUUUAUACAUUUUAUCCACCAAAAUAAAAAUAGGUGAAAGUAGUUGAUAUUUUGCAACGAUUAGAAGAGAGAGUGCGUCGUCAAGAGUCAGGGCUCUAGGGCCGAGAGAGACAGAGGGGGAGAGAUUGACGUCGCUCAAUAAUAAGAGGGCGUCUUUUAUAUUCCUUUUAUGGAUUCGACCCUAUAGGGCGUGAUUCAUGGAGAGGAGGAGACGUCGCCGCCCACCGAGGUCGACGUCGAUAUAAGACGAGUAUCGCUAGGUAAAAGUAAUGAAAACCGAUAAAAUAAAAAAUAUGAUCGACUACUGAAAAGUAGAGAGCCGAUGGAGAUGUUUUUUAGGGCGUCGAGCUGAGAUAGGCUUCCAGGAUAACUUUAGGUAUUACGUUUACUAAGGCGAAAAGCUAGGAGUCACGAGUCGCUCUGAAGAAAGCGCUAAUCGCGAGUAAUAGAGAGAGAGUGAGAGAGGGAGAGAAAGCGAGAGCGAGAGAGAUGGAACGAAUGCGUGUGAAUAAAUAUUUUAACAAAGCGUAAACUCUUUAAUCGAGGGCGAAAAAGGACGAUACACACGAGAAUAGUACUGCUAAGGGUAAUGCGAGGGGGCGAAUCCUUCACGGGAUUAAUAAGUAAAAAGUAAACGGUAAACGGUAAACGGCGCAACGGCGAGGAGAAGGACUGGCAGGGAAGAGAGGGAGAGAGGGAGGCUUCCAGGGGAAGGAAACCCGAUGACGUGUGGAGAGCAAGUGGGACGAGAGCGACUAGAGACACGGAUUCGUUCGGAGGGAAAGACUCGAGAUCUCGAGGUGGUGGAGAAAUCGCGAAGACCGCGGACGGAUACCGGACCAAUGGACUAUCCGGAUAGUGUUGGGCUGACGGUUUUUCCUCCCCAUUGGUUCUUGCAUAUUACGUGCCACUUUGCGUUACUUAGUGCCGGGGAUGCGGACAUUGUAGCCGAAUCGAUGACAAAUUGCCCGUUGAAUUUUUUGAUCAGCACAAUCGAGUACGGGAUCGUGGUUAGACCCUACGGCGAUUUUCGCCACGUCGUUGGACAUUCUACCGGUUGCUCGUUGCAUCGCUAACGAGGACUCAAUUUAGAGACGUAAUUUAAUUACAAGCGUAUUUGUAAUAGACUUACGAUUGAACACUACGCGGAAGCUUGAUUACAUUUGUGAUUUGUUUUUAUUUGUAAUUAAUGUAUGUUUGUCAAUUAAAGUUAGAUUAAAAAUCAAUUUCGUUUGUAGUUAAUUGGUUAAGGCCAUCGUGUGAUAGUUGUGCUUAGCUGAACGCGUUACUUAUUCGGUCGAUGCGUUGUCAUUACUGCAAGCUAUUUGGAGAUUGUCAAAAUUUCGACUCGAGAUAAGCGAUCGGUCGGGUCGUUUUAGUCGCAAAGGCAAUUUAAACGAUGUGUUGCAAUUGUAGUUUAAUUAUUAAUUGCAAGAGCUAUGGCUGGUUAGUCGGAGUCGAGGCAUGGAUUGAAUAUAUUUUUCAAAAGUAAUGGGCAAUUGAAAACAACUCGUAGGGUUAAUGAUGCAAACGCUAUCCGCAUCCCUAAUUACCGACAGAAAUGUCCAUUUGGGAUUCUGAAUAAUGCUUUAGGAAUUGCAGUUAUUAUUGCAAUAUGGACUAAUAUUCUAUUUUAUUACGGACCCCUUAAUGAAUAUAAGUACGAGGUAAUGUUUAGUACUCGAACGAUCGCAUGCCACAUUCAGGGAUGUCAUUUCUUCCAGAGUCGAGUGAAAGACUAAUGUAGCGUUUUGAUCGGCUCCCUGUGUUAGUAGAGACGGGAAGGGUAGACUUUGCCCAUGGAUAGCGAGUUCGUUUUUUUCGGGGUGACCUGCCGCUCCUCGAAUUAACUAUAUUUUUGAUUACGCGAAAAUAGUUGAAUUUACUUGUUUUCAAAGCCUGUGAAUAAUAUUUAUUGAGAAAUAGCUUCGAAUACGUGCACCGAUUUGAAGCGUCGCAUAGGAUGCCGCAAACGUGACUACUUUUCUCUGUUGAUUCGCGUUGUCGCGCCAUAGCUGCAGUACACGAUCUGUAAAGAGCUUGGUUCGGUUAUAAGUUGUGCAAACGAUUUGUUAAGAAUACUGUAAACAAGGAUGCCACAAUGCCCAACACUAUACAACCGGAUUCGCGCCAGCUGGCUGGCUAACUGACCGCCAAUCGUGCCGCGUUAGUUUUCUUUCUUUUUCGGAUAGAAAAAAGGAGGUGUCGUUUGUUUUUGUAAUUUGAGAGAAAAAAAAAGGGAAAAAGAGAAUAAGCCACGAUUCAAUCCGAAAUCACUCGAUCGGUCCGUCGUUAGAUCGUAACGAGACUAGGAAAUUAAUUCGCAUCGGCUGACACCGCUGACGGACUCGUGCCAGCUGGCUGGCUGAUUGGCCGCCAAUUGUGCCGCCUUUUGCGGCCCGUAAUUUGUAAUAAGUUUGUAAUUUCGUUCGAUUACAAAUUGCUCGCGUCAUUUGUAAUUAGAUAUUAAUCGGAUUAGUCGAGUAAUGUCGCGUAUCUCCCGAACUACAGCCGGAAUUGUGCCAGCGGGCUGGCCGAUUGGCCGCCAAUUGCGCCCCGUAAUUUCUAAAUAAGCCCGCGAGAACUGGCUUAGCGACAAAUUAUUCGAGUAAUUUGUAAUUAGACUUUAAUGAGAUAAGACAUGAUUAAUGUAUAGUGUCAGCAUUACAGUCGGAUUUGCGCCAGCUGGCUGGUUGAUUGGCCGCCAAUCGCGCCGCCUUCUGGAGAAGCCGCGAGGUAUUGCCUCCUCUUCUAGCCUCGUAACUUUUGCUACGAAGCUUUAGUUCAAUUGCUGCAAUCACUCUCUUAAUUCGUAUGUUAGGCUUUAACGAGACUAGGAAAUUAAUUCGUAGCGUACGCCGAUGCAUUGCUCGAGUAUUACCUCGCGGUUCCUUGCACCGCUGCGCAUACCGCCCGAACACCCACGCGUUGCGCUCUCUCUCAUCGCGUUUUUCGUUUAGUUCUCUUCUUCUAUUCUAUUCUUUUUUUUUUUCCUUCGCUUCGAAUGGGACUUUCGUUUGCAAGUUUGAUUGCAAUUCCGUAAAGUACACAUUCUAUCGAUGCCAAACGAAAUUAAUUAUUGUUCACGGUUGCCCCGUUUAGCGCGUCGAAAGGACGAUUUGGGCGUCCUCGGAUGAGUUUUUAGCGUUGUCGGAUAUGUAAAGUCCCCAAAAUGGUCUUUCAUUUGAAGGUCCGCGCAGGUGCAAGCGAGGCGUGCCUUUCACGGGGUUGCAAUCGAAUCGAAAUCCGAAAAUAAAAAUAUUUUCAUCCCUUUUAUAAUAGGACAUGCUUGCUUUUUAUCCUUGGUUAAGACAUUCCAAACAGGAGGCACUUGGCGCGGACUAGCGCGUUUCCCCGAUCGUUUCUCCUUGUUUCCAUCUUCGUUUCGAUUCGCUUCGGUUUCGCUUUCAGUCCGCGGACGGCAUACGUGUAUUUUGCGAGAGGAAAUCGCGUUGAAGGGAUAUAUAUAUAUAUACCGGACGUCGCGAAAGGGGAAAAAGCUUUAUAUCUAAAGAGCCUUCGGGACUAUGGUACUCGCGUCUAUUGCGCGAGCCCGAAAGUGGAAGUAAUAUACCAAGAGGAUGUAACGACAGAAAGGGGAGAAAGAGAGACAGAGAGGGAGAAAGAGAGAGAGAGAGUAAAAAAAAAUAGUACUUUUUAGAGCAUUAUAUUUAUGAGUACGGUUACUGCGAAUCGAUGUGUCAGUUUUAAUUGUACAGCGAAUACAGAAUAUUUUUUUUAGGAUUGUGCCUUUUCAGACAGGUCCGCUGGGAGACAGGGAUGUGCUGAAAGAAAACGUAAUUAUAAUAUAUUUUUAACGUCGGUACACACCACACACGUAAGUCGGUGAGGGAGAAAAAGGGAGAAAAAAAAAAUAGGAAAAACGUAAAAACGAAGAGGAAGUAACACUCGAGCCAAAUUUUUUAAUCUUCUAGUUGAUACGAAAGGAGAUAUUAAUUGUUUCCGCGUUGUAGCCACUUUAUAUGAAAGCCACUACGUUCUCGUUUUUGGUUGUCGAUUUGAUAUAGAUUUUGUAUUGUAUAGUUGCCACUGUAAAGGGACUGCCAGUUUGACAGCUGGCCGGAGAAGCAGCGCGUGCAAUCUGAGUCUCAGAGAGAGAGAGAGCGUCGAAGUUAGAAAAAUGAGAAAAAAAUGAAACGAAAGAGGAACGCCAUUUGCGAAGUCGCAGUUAUGGCCGUAAGGGAUUAUGCCGAAGACUUCUUGAAGGAAUCACGACCUAGAGUGACCACACUUAUUUGUAACAAAUUGUUUAGAUAGUCGCUACCGGAGUUCAGGCUGGGACUAAGAGAAAAGAGAGAGACGGUAGAAGAAUAACCUGAGAUUAGAGGAAAUCCGACGAAACGUCAGCUGAACGCCUUCAUUUGAUAAGACACUCGUAAUCAGGUUCUUGAGUUUUCGAAUUUUACACGUUUUAUACCUUACUGUGUAGUUUUAUACUGCGUAACCAGCGGGAUUAUUCCUUUCUUAAUUACGCGUUGCGGGGAUAAGCGGGUAUGCUAGGCGUGUACUUGGAUUGAAAAGCCAUUCUCGAUGUCCGUUGUCGAGCGCCUCGGAAAUUUGGCCAAAUUCUCGAGGAGACCCGGAGACUUAAUGAUCGGAGCCGAGUACCUAAUUAAAAUAGUUUUACAGGGGAUUCGCAACGAAAUGAAAUUCGCACCUCGUUUGGGUUUGACGGCCGCCUCAGUUGUAUAAUUGCCUCGUCCGAAAGGGGGAUCGUUUGCAAUAUUUUCCGCGAAAUUGUCCCGACGUUUUGUACAUACCGAUGCCCGUUACGCGUGAGCUCGUAAUCGACAACCUGGGGGGGGGUCUUAAAAGUCAAAUCGCGUUUGGAUUAAUUUGAACAGGGAUUCAGCUACGCCGACGGCUUGCGAGCAAACGAAACGGCCGCCCACGAGGCAGGGAAAAAAAAUCAGGACUAUGACAAUUACAAUAGGAAGUAAUUGCGAUUUCUUACAAAGGAGGUCUGCGAGCAGGUUUUACGAUUACUUUGUCUCACGUUAACCUACCGGUUACGCUCAACAACCUUCUACCCUCUUACCGAGAUUACAACGAUCGUUACGAGACAGAGCCGUUAUCGGGACGAGAAGUGAUUACAUAAUGAAAUACCUACCGAGAAAGGGAUUUGAUACAGAUUUAUCCUGAGAUUAGAGGUACAACCCUCGAGCCGCAUUUUCUUACGUACAUUGAACGGUCAAACUUGUAUCGAUUGGAUAUCACCACCACGGAACGAUCCGCUUGGAAUAUCGGGAUACGCCGAUAAGGAGUAGCUCUAUGUCCAUUAAUUUAAUUUCCACCUGGCCGAGUACCGUCCAGAGGUACGAUGGUAGAAAUUUUCUCCGGGCAGUAAACAGCUGAUCGGAUCGAAGAGCAAGAGCGAAAGGCGCGGCACGCGGUCUCGGUUUACCGCCGAAAGGCGAGAUGAGAAUUUAAUUAGACCGAUCACGUGAAAUGUCAAUCCGAGCCGACGAGGCAACUGCGCGAUAACGGCACGGUAAUUUGGUUAUCUUGUAAGAGUCGUUCUCUCGGUACGACAAGGACAAUGACGAGUACCAUCACCCUCCUCUCCCGCGAUACCCCCUGGACACGUAAGUGGAGAAAGAAGGAAAGGGAUAGGGAAAACCGACGAGAUACGAGUUCCCCGUGACCUGCUGCUCUUUCGGGGAAAGGCGUACGAGGUGACGGAGACAGAGGAAGAAGCAAAGGAACGAAGAAAAGCUUUCUACCAAAUAUUGCGAGCCUCGCGAUCGCGCGACGAGUGGCGGGUGUCAGGUAGUUAAAUAGAGUAGAGGCGAUCGUAGCUAUUAUUAUAAUAUUACAAUAAUAUGCUGUAUUAUUAUAAUUAAACGAUUACUAUUAUUGACGUGUCAUCUAAAGUAUGAAAGAUUUUUACACUGUUGAAACUUGAAGUAAAUAAUAUAUUUAGUUUAUUUUGGUACAUCACAAUUUGAUGACAAGAAGAUAAACGAGAUAAGACAAAAAAAGAUAAAUAAGAUGAAAGCGGCGUAUGAACUAUUUUUUAAGAAGCCCAUUAUUAAGCUCGAUUUGAGUCCAUGCGAGAGAGAGAGAGAGAGUUGACAAAAUGCAUUAGGAAAAAAAAAAAAAAGAAGAAAGAAUGACUUGUGUAAGGAGAAAAUAAUAAUACCUAUUUGCGAGAAAGAGAGCGAGAACGAGCGAGAGAGAGAGAGAAAGAGAGAGAGAGAGAACGUGUGUCGUUGCACAAGGCGAUUGUCACCCCGACUGACAACAAAAAUCACAUGUGAUUAAAAAUAGUGAAUUUUGAGAAUUUUACUGAUAGACUUGUACUAAAUAAUUAAUUAUUAUCGUGACGACCAAAACACGAAGAACGGGCCGGGCACUAGUGCAUCGCCCUACCCUAGCGGGAAUAAUAAUUAAAUAAACAAAGAUACAAUUGAGGAGGAGUCGAGCGAAAUCGGAUUAUAACGAAGAAAAAGUGGGAUCGUAACGAAGGAAAUCGAGAGGGUAUCGAAAAACGGGAGUACCUUGCCCGAAGGUGGGAUUCAAAGGGAGAAAGAGAGAAACGGAGGAACCAGACAUCCCGAGUCUCUGACAAACCGUUUUUGUCCAGCUGGAGGAAGCGUCCUCCCUCGAGAAAGAGGAAGAAGGAGAAAUGCAAAUACCUCGUCGACCACCUUAUUUAUCCGGUUGAGUUUAGGGAUAAUUUUCACCGAGAACCGUGCUCGAUCUAAUUCUGCUCAAGACCUCCUCAGUGUAUGAAAAAAAGUAACGAAAAGAAGCUUCGGCCGACGUGUACAGCUUCGCGACGAAAGAGGGAGGGAAGCGCCUCGAGAGAGCGAGAGGAGACGAGAGGAGACGAGAGGAGACGAGAGGAAGAGCGGGAAGCGAGAGAGGGGGAGUAUAAUUAUUGUACAGAGAGGGAAGGGGACGAGAGAGACGAAGGAACGGAGGGACGCCGUGAAGGAAGGAGGAAGAGAGAGACGCGUAGCUAGCGUUGACUAUGAAUAGGCUAGGAACUAUUCUCGGAUUUCGAUCUAAUCUAGGCUCGUUAACUAUAAGGUCUAGGCUAAAACUUAGGCUACGAUAGGCUAGGUGAUAAGCUAGACCGUAAGCUAGGCUUAAAGGACUACCGACUAGGCUAGUUAGUUAGCGGUUAGUUAGGCUCCGAAUAAGGACAACUCUGUCUCUCUCCACGUUGUCGCGCUUGGGAGGGACACCGUUCAGCCUAUGCACCUCGCACCCGUCAAGACUGACUGGCUAUUCAUAUUAAUGAUAUAAAUAUAUUAUUAUUCUACAACAUUAUAUUAUAUUAUAUCUACUAUAAUAUAAUAGUAAGGACUGCUUGCUGCGCACCACGGGUCGGGUGCAACGGGCUGGCCGGGCGCGUUGACGACUCUUUCUCGGCCGCGGGAGCCCGCGCGCUCCCAGCCGGCCGAAUUAAACCUGCUUUCCCGUAAGCUUUUCUUAGGGCUGAGUAAUUAUUAUCGUAACUCGUAAACGAUCAUCCCGCGCGCGCGAGACGCCAGAGUUUCUAGGGAUUAGCCUCCGUUAGAGUUUAGGCCCAGUAGUCUCUUAGGAUUAGGCGUAGCGAAACGUAGAAAGUGUUUUUAAGUAACUACACGUUUAAGUGAUAAUCGGCUUAAGCGAGGCGACCGAGAGGGAGAAAGAGUUUAGAUUCGCGUGAAAGGGACCGAGAGAAAGACGGGAAGAGAGAUAGAGAGAUAGAGAGAGAGAGCUGCGACGAGAAACGUUCGUUGUACUUCGACGUUGUACAGUCCUUAGUUGGCGAAGUUUUAAGUCAUUGUUUUACAUUGUUAAAAGAGGAGAGAUUUAAUUGUAACGUUCUUGGUUUAUAUCGAGAUAUACCCUGCUCCUUCCCCGAGGUCCACCCCCUACCCGCUGUACGUCUUGUUUCGUAUCGUUGUAGGUACUUCCUGCGUCGUUUCCGGGCAUGAAUGGGAUAGGCGGAGAGACCGAAGGUGAAUGAGAGAGACAGAGAGAACGGCUUUCGCGGGGGAAAUGGCGGAGAUGAAAAAAAAAAAAAAAUCGUCGACCGCGUUCGUUUGCUUUCCACUUCUAUCCUGGAACCGGUCCUCUUCUCCGCGUCCUCGCGCGGUGGAGGAGUCGACGCUUCGGUUCCACUUAUUUUCCCUUCCUUUCCGUCGGCGAGGGCAACUCCUUGGGAAUCGCGGCGGAUGUUCCGCGAGCGUUUAUCACGGGGUGCGUCGGGGGUUGCCCGAAGUUCCCAAGAGGUGAAUUUCGAGUUUUCGAGCGGUCCUUUCCCCGCGCACCGGAGGGAAGAUGGCGUCUCUUCCCUCCCGUUCGGUGCGAGAAACGCGGAAAGGUAGAUUAAAGAGAGAGGGAUGCUCCUCUUAGUCGUUAA